GCCGGUCGGGCGGGCGCCGACAAUGAGCCUCCAUAAAAGGGAGCGGCGGGGGCCUGGGGCCCCGGAUUGAGCCCUCCCCGCCCGGGGUCCCGACGCGCUCGGUCUCGGGGAGGCCCGGACGCGUCCGUCGCAGGCCGGGCGGUGAGCGGCGGGCGGCGGGGAGGGGGCUGCGCGGAGCGGGAGGCGGCCCCUGGCUGCGCGCCCGGCCUCCGGCGUCCGGUCACCGCGAUUCCCACCCCCUCCCGGCCGCACCAUGGCCCUGAAGGCCGAGGGCGCCGCGCUCGACUGCUUCGAGGUGACGCUCAAAUGCGAGGAAGGGGAGGACGAGGAGGAGGCCAUGGUGGUGGCCGUAAUUCCGCGGCCCGAGCCGAUGCUCAGAGUGGCCCAGCAGGAAAAGACCCCACCGCCUAGGCCCAACCUGCUGGAGGCGGGGGGCGACGGCUGUGAGGAGCCCAGGCAGCAGGUGUCUUGGGAACAGGAGUUCCUGGUGGGAAACAGCCCAGGAGGCAGCGGGCGGGCACUGUGCAUGGUGUGUGGGGCCGAGAUCCGGUCCCCCUCCGCGGACACGGCGCGCAUGCACAUUCUGGAGCAGCACCCUCACACCCUGGACCUGAGCCCUUCGGAGAAGAGCAACAUCCUGGAGGCCUGGAGUGAGGGGGUGGCCCUUUUGCAAGACGUCAGAGCUGAGCAGCCUUCUUCACCCACCUCAGACUUGGGCCAGGAUGUCGAAGCUGACCCAGACUCUGACCCAGACCCUGCCAAAAUGCCAGCAGAGAUUGUCGUCCUCCUGGACUCUGAGGACAACCCAUCUCUCCCGAAAAGGAGCCGGCCCAGGGGACUCCGCCCCCUCGAGUUUCCUGCUGCCCCCGCCUCAGAGCCAGGAAACAAGAAGCCCCGUGGUCAGAGAUGGAAGGAGCCUCCUGGGGAAGAGCCAGUUAGAAAGAAAAGAGGCAGACCCAUGACCAAAAACUUGGACCUGGACCCAGACCCUGACCCAGACCCCCCAUCACCCGACUCCCCCACGGAGACUUUUGCGGCUCCCGCUGAGGUCCGGCACUUCACCGACGGCAGCUUCCCCCCUGGCUUCGUCCUCCAGCUCUUCUCCCACACCCAGCUCAGGGCCUCAGACAGCAAGGACUCACCCAAAGAGGGGAGAGCUGCUGAAGGGGGCCUUCCCCAGCCGGAAAGCCCCUCUCCAGUUUCAGCUUGAGCCACAUUCCAGUCCUGCCUCCCCGAGACUGUGUGCUCUGCUUGGACUUGAGCGUUUCCCGAGCUUCCUCGUUCUCUUCGGUGGAUCACUGCUCUAAAUGGCUGGCCGCUUCCACUGUUUAACGGGUCUUCUGGUUUCAUUCUCGAAAGGGAGCCUUCAUUUUGAGUCCUGGGAUACCCUGGGCCCAAAUUCCACCCAUCUGGAGUGGUGAGUAGCUGAGAAGGGAGUCCCUGAGAUCUCAGGUUCAUAUGGGGUGUGCGGGCAAAGUCUCCGAGGCCUUGGGGCUCAGUAAUUUUGUGAGAGGGUUUUUCUCGGCAGUGGUGAGAUCUAGGGAGGUUGGAGGGGGCCGGAACCCGCAGCAGACGCUGUGCAGCGCGGCGGCAGGUGUUCCUGCGGCCCAGCCCUGAGGGAAGCACCGUGGAAAAAUGACAUGAGUGAGGCAGCCCUUGUACCCAAGAAACUUAACUCUCUGUUUUGGGGGUACAGGUCGGAGGCAGUGCUGCUGCAGGUAAAGAAUGGUGGGGUGCCCUCUGUAGUUCUGUGCAGAGAGCACAGACUCCGGAGUAAUGGUGUGACUGUUUCUGGAUCCCAAAGCUUGGGCAGAUUUCUCAAAAACCUGCAAGGCCUCCGCCAGAAUGUCUUCACUUUGAGUUGCGUUACGUAUCGAAGUUCUUGGAAGAUUCUGAGUAAAGAUGCUACCACUUUUUAAAAGUUUGCAAGUCAGAGAUCCGAAAUUGGGGAAAGGGUGUUGUAGUGAGGUCAGCUGAGCUCAUAGAUACAAAUCUGAAGCCAGGGAAGACUUUCUAGAACUUUCCAAGGGCCUUGGAGGAUGAGGGUGGGGACGUGUGCAAGCCUAGAGAGAAGGUGAGCCUUAAAGACCCCACUCACAAGUUGUGGGAAAAAGAGCGUCUUUGUCUUGCUAGUGUUCGAUGUGAGUAAGACCUGGAGACCUGGCUUUUAGGAUUCCUUGGCCGGGCCCAGGACAUUUCCAGGCUGGGCCAGGGAGAAAGUGUGUGUGUGAGCUUCGCAAGGGUUAGGGUCCUUGUUCACUGCUGUAUCCUCCGCACCCAGUAACGCGCCUGGCGUAAAGAAAGCCCUCAGUAAAGACUUAUCAAAAGAAGAGUGGACGGUGCCUGCCUUUACUGGUCAUUUGGCAGUGACCUUUUCAGAGUCGCUGCUCAGAAACAAACCUUAAUGAGAAAGGAGAGAAAAGGACUUGGGCCCACCCUCUGGAGAAGGCGUGUGCAGGUAUGCACACGUGCACAAAUCGGGGGGGGGGGGAGUGGAGGGGAGAACAAGGCUGGGGAAGCAGAGAGGUUUGGGCUUCCCAGGAGAGAAGGGGACCAGUUCUGGGCUUGGAGUGCAAAAGGGACUCAGUUUGACCCUGGGGACUAAUAAAUCAAUCCUCCUGGCCUGCUCUUUCUUGGCCCUGGAGCCCGAAUCAUGCGUGAUUUCUGGCAGGACAUCACACCUCUCCUGAUGCUCCCCUCCCCACCCACC